AGCAGCCUCUCCUCGCAGCAUCACCAUCAUCAAGGCGGAUAGGAUACCAACACAAGCUACCGACAACCCAUCCCCCCGACCUCUUCCAAUACGGUGAUCAGCCUCCUUCCCGCUCUCCGGCCGAGUCGCCCAUCCCCCUUCUCCCUGCUCCGCCUCUCGGCGCAGCGACUCUGCCUACCUCGUUACCGCAUCUUCUCCUCCUCCCCCUUCCGCCCUGCCAUCACCAUGUCCGCCUACGCUCAGAAGGUCAUCGACGGCCUUGGCCCGCUACCCACUCACCCCAAUGCAGACCCGCUCCGCAACCCACUCGAUGCGUUCCGUCUGGCCAUUGCCUCGCAGCUGUCAAAGGGAUUGGAGCUGCCCCUAGAGACGGUGUACGAGGCAGUGCAGACCACCUCGAAGCUCGCAGACUUCUCCGUCGCCUUCCCCAGAUUCAAGCUCAAGGGCAAGCCGAAUGAGCAUGCUGAGAGACUCGCAAAGGAGUUCAAGCCCGACGGAUACAUUGCUGAAGCCAUUGUAGCCGGACCCUUUAUCCACUACAAGGUCGACUCUUCUGCACUCACCAAGCUCACUCUUUCCACCAUCACCGAUCUAUCUCGAGGCGAGUCAUCAAAGGAGCUCAGCGGCAACGCCGGCUCAAAGGGUUCCAUCAAGUCCGCCUACGGCCACAAUGCCUCUGGCUCUGGCAAGUCCAUGAUCAUCGAGUUCUCCUCGCCCAACAUCGCAAAGCCCUUCCAUGCUGGUCACCUUAGAUCUACCAUCAUUGGCGCCUUCCUAGCCAAUUUGUACGAGGCCAAUGGCUGGUAUGUUGAACGAUGGAACUACCUGGGUGAUUGGGGCAAGCAGUUUGGUCUCCUCGCCGUCGGUUGGGACACAAAUGGCGACGAAGCCAAGCUGCUAGAGGAUCCCGUCACUCACCUCUACGAAGUCUACGUCGCCGUGAACAAGGCUGCCGAGGAGGACAAGACCAUCCACGACAAGGCUCGAGACUACUUUAAGCGCAUGGAGGACGGCGAUCCUACUGCUCUUGCUCUGUGGCAGAAAUUCCGAGACUUGUCCAUUAAGAAGUACGAGGAGACGUAUGCUCGACUCAACAUUCGCUUCGACGUCUACUCUGGAGAGUCGCAGGUGAAAAAGGAGUACAUCCAGAAUGCCCUCAAUCAGAUCAAGGCGUCCGACUUUGUUGAGAAGGCCGAGAACGGGGCGGUGUUGAUCGAUCUCACAAAGUACAAGCUGGAGAAGACGGUCGUGGAAAGGCAAGACGGCACGCCCCUCUACAUCACUCGAGACAUCGGUGAGGCCAAGCAGAGGUGGGAUCGAUUCGUCGAGCAGAGGGGUCAAGGUUUCGACAAGAUGAUCUACGUCGUUGCUACUCAGCAAGACCUGCAUCUUGCCCAAUUCUUCAAGGUACUAGAGCUCAUGGGACAUCAGUGGGCACAGCCUUCCGAAGGACGUCUGCAACACAUCAACUUUGGAAUGGUCCUAGGCAUGUCCUCUCGCAAGGGUACUGCCGUCUUCCUCGAGCACAUCCUCGAUGAGACAAAGGAGAACAUGCACAACGUCAUGCGCCAAAACGAUGCAAAGUACGCGCAGGUAGAGGACCCAGAGAAGACGGCAGACGUAGUGGGUCAAUCUGCCGUGAAGAUCCAAGAUAUGGCAGGCAAGAGGAUCAACAACUACACCUUUGACUGGGCUCGUAUGCUCUCCUUUGAAGGAGACACUGGACCUUUCCUCCAGUACAAUCACGUACGCUUGUGUUCCGUGGAACGCAAAAAUGCUCUCGAGGGAUUGAAGCUCUCAGAGCAGGUCAACCCAGAGGAGAUGGCAACACACCUACUCAGCGAACCCAAGGCGCGCGAAUUGAUCAUGCACCUCGCUUCGUGGCCAGACGUGGUACGACAGGCUCUGCGUGACCAGCAACCUUCGACCAUUGUCAGCUUUGCCUUCAGAGUCACUAGGACCGUCAGUCAGGCUUGGGAAUUCUUGCUCGUAAAAGGACAGGAGAAGGAUUUGGCACUGGUUAGACUGUGGCUGUACAGGUGUGCUAGGGACGUUCUCGCUGCGGCUAUGGAGCUCCUGACAUUGGAGCCCCUGCAGAGGAUGUAGGAGGAGACGGAACAGACGGAGGUGUAGAGUGGGGAGAUUGCCAGCCCACUCUUGUCUUUCUUGGCUCCAUCGGACCACGGUCAAUUCACAGCUUCAUUACAUCGCGACUAGAAGAAAGGGUAAUGUG